GGGAGAUAAUGCCCAAGCAAGCAUGAACAAACAAGAUCCAUACAGAAAACCAGGAAUUGAGAAUCAUGGCUGCGAAGCCCAAACUGUAUUACUUCAAUGGCAGAGGCAGAAUGGAAUCCGUGCGCUGGCUCCUGGCAGCUGCUGGUGUGGAGUAUGAAGAAGUGCUUUUCAAAACAGCUGAAGAUUUUGAGAAUUUAAUUAAGGGUGGAAUACUAAUGUAUCAACAAGUGCCAAUGGUUGAAAUGGAUGGAAUGUACAUGGUACAAACCAGAGCCAUCCUGAAAUAUAUAGCUGCAAAAUAUGACUUGUAUGGGAAGGACCUGAAGGAGAGAGCAAUGAUUGACAUGUAUGUGGAAGGGAUGAGGGAUCUGAAUGACAUGAUUAUGUUGUUCCCAUUUUCUUUGCCUGAAGAAAAACAAAAGAAUCUUAACUAUAUCCUGGGGAGAGCCACUCAAAGAUUCUUCCCAGUGUAUGAGAAGGCAUUAAAAGACCAUGGGAAAAAUUACCUUGUUGGCAACCAGUUGAGCUGGGCAGAUGUACAACUGCUUGAAGUCAUCCUAAUGGUGGAAGAACUCAAGGCUGGUGUUCUCUGUGCAUUCCCUAAGCUUCAGGAGUUCAAAGCUAGAGUCAUCAAGCUCCCCAGGAUUCAGAAAUUCCUUCAGCCUGGUAGUCCAAGAAAGCCACCAGUGGAUGAUGCAAGUUUUGAAGUUUCAAGGAAGAUAUACAAGAUUGAUAAAAAUUUUGUUCUUAAACACAUGAGCUAAAUAUUCACAAGUAGAGUUCUAAAGAGCAAAAUUAAUAUUUUAGUUUCCAUCUGUAGUCAUGCCCACAGAAAUACGUGGAUUUGCUCCUGUGACAUUCCUAGGUUCAAUAACUAGCAAAUAUGAUUACUCCCUAUAGGGCUCAUUGUAAAUCAGAAAACCUAAUCUUUACAUUGCUUAUUAUAAAACUUCAUUUAACUAGAACCUCACCUUACUCAGGGUUGUAGAAUCAUAGAUUAUGUUCUCUUUUUUAUUUCAAUAAACAGCUAAAUUUAGAGCUAGAAGAGACCUUAGAGGUUGUUGAGUGUAGUUCUGCUCCCUACCCAACCACCCACCUCCCCCCAGUGCUUUUUCUUGGAACAGUAAUUGAAGUCCAAAGUAGUUAAGUGACAUACUCCAAGAUCUCACAAAUAUUGAGUAGUACAAUAGGUAUUCAAGUUCAGGUCAGCUAUAAAAUAUGGAUAAUAAUAGCUUUUACCUCUCAGGAUUGUUGUAAGAAUCAAAUGAAAUAACAUUUGUAAACUUUUUAGCAUAAUGCCUGGCACAUAGUAGGUGCCCAAAAAAUGCCUGUUCCCUUCCCUGACAUCCCCCAUUCCAAACUCAACACUAGUUCCACUGUUAUACUAACCCCCUCCAAUUAAUCCAAAAUUUUCUGCAAUAUGCUUUAGGGAGAAAAUUAUAAAAAUUAUGAGUAAGCAAGAUGAUAAUAAGGUUUAUUUUAAAAAGUUACCAGAUGAUACAUUAUGUUCAGUAUAGAUUCCAACUGUUUAUACCUAUCCUUUUGUUCUUAAGGCUCCUCAAAAAAGAAGAAAUAUUCACUCCACAGGAUUUAGGCAGGAAAGUAGUCUGAUAAUAUCUUAGAGAGGUUUUCAAUUUUUAAAAAUGGUUGUUUAACUCUCAGUUAACUAGAAACUUCAAUUAUAUAAAAUGCUCACUCUCUCUGUGUCACAUUGCUUUAUCAUGGUUUUAGUUGUGUAAAAAGAAAAAGAUUAUUUUUAAUACUAUCAAGGAAAACAACUUUUAAAAUUUCCCCUUUUGAAAUAGCCAUUGACUUGUAAAUUCAAGGGACAGUUUCAGGAGAGAAUCAGUGGUUUCAUUUUUUCCAAGCAGAUAAUUCAUCUGUGCACCAUUUUGUUAGAUUGUAUUGUAAAGUCAGCUAAGAAAAAACUUACCAACAUUUAGAGGUAGGGUCAAGGGAAGUCUUAAGUUUUCAUUUGGGUUACCUAGUUUUUGUGUGUAGUGAUUACUGAUUACAUAAUGACUGGAGGAGGAUGGUUCCCAAUAUAAUGUUCUCUCUCGGCUCUGGAAGUUGUUUUAAAAAAAAAAAAA